AUGGAUCAACAUCAUCAUCAUCAUCAUCAUCAUAUGAUGAACAAUAUGGAAACUAGUAAUAGGAAGUUUCUUUCUUUCCCUCUCAACAAUAACAACUCUUCUGGUGUUCAAGAUCAUCAGUAUCAUAACUUUACACACCAAAACAACAACAAUAACAACAGUACAAGUGUUGUUGUUAGGGAUAAAAUCAUGGCUCAUCCUCUCUUUCCUCGUCUCUUGUCUUCUUACCUCAAUUGCUUGAAGGUUGGAGCACCACCUGAAGUGGUGGCUAGCUUAGAAGAAUCAUGUGCAAAAUGUGAAAUAUUGAAUGGCUCUUCCGGAAGGACAGGAACUAGUUCUUGUAUAGGUGAAGAUCCAGGUUUGGAUCAGUUCAUGGAAGCAUACUGUGAGAUGCUUAUUAAGUAUGAGCAAGAACUCACUAAACCUUUCAAAGAAGCCAUGCUUUUCCUUUCAAGAAUUGAGUCCCAGCUUAAGGCUCUUGCUGUUUCAACUGACUUUGGUCAAAGUGAACCACCAUCAAUGAAUGAGAUUGAUGUUCAUGAGAACAACUUCGAUACUCAAGGUGAAGAUCAAGAAUUAAAAGUGCAGCUGUUGCGCAAGUAUAGUGGAUAUCUCGGCAGUCUCAAGAAAGAGUUUUUGAAGAAGAAAAAGAACGGAAAGUUACCAAAGGAAGCUCGUCAACAACUACUCGAUUGGUGGAACCGGCAUUACAAAUGGCCUUAUCCAUCGGAAUCUCAAAAACAAGCACUUGCAGAAUCGACAGGGCUAGAUUUGAAGCAGAUCAACAACUGGUUCAUUAAUCAGAGAAAGCGUCACUGGAAACCUUCCGAGGAUAUGCAAUUUGCUGUGAUGGAUGCCACAAACUACUACAUGGAAAAUGUAAUGUGCAAACCAUUUCCCAUGGAUGCCAUGCCUAUGCUUCUUUAG